AUGUUAACUGUUAUGAAAAGAAAGGCAAGCUUCAUUAUGGAAAGUAUUACACGGUCAUCAAUCUAUAAGGUUGUUAUCGUCGAAUGUUAUAACAAAGUGGAUAGUAAGUGGGCAGUUAUCCUGCUUACGAAUACAUUUCAGAAUCAAGAUAGCUAUGAGUUUGAUGAGUUUUCUGACGAGGAAAUGGAAGAAGAAAUCGAAUAUUAUGGGCCCGAGCCAUUUAUGGCCGACAUAAUUCGUGAAGACGAUCAAAAGGACCAGUUUCAGCCGUCACCGAUUAUCGAAGAUUUGCCACAAGAAAGUCUUUUGGAUCAUAGUUGUGAAGAAAGCAGUCGGUACAGCACGCCAGCUGUAGAUUCUGGUAUAGAAGAUGAAGUUGUUGUGGAGGAGAUUCUUUCUGGAGAUUCUACAGAUUCUGGAGAAUAUGAAGAUGGGCCCACAUCUAGCUCUGCUACCAACCUAAGGACAAAUACCAGUUUGGAUUCUAAUAAUUAUGUCACUCAUGAAGUUUUUCCAGAUAAGCAGCAGCCCAAAACCGACAUCCGCUUUAGGCAAGAUGAGUGUUCUAUGGUGUUUCAACAGCCUAUGUCACGAGGCAAGGAGCUAUUACUACCUCAAGAUAAAAAAGAAGAGAAGGAGAUAUUUGAGGACACUUUCACCUUAGGGUCAACAUCUAGGGACUCGUCCGAAUGGAGAAGCUCCAUGAACGAUGACCCUUUUUCGUCCUCAUCUAGAAGAAGCUGUACCAAAUGGGAGUCCUGCACUCUUUUCCAAAAAUACGAUGAAGAAAUGCUGUUUCUAGACAGAAUAACCAUUCAGAAACUCCAAGAAAUAGAGGCUUUGAGAUCCAUAAAGGCAGGCCCGAAGUCCAUAUCGAAAAGAAUAGCGCACAAGUUGAAGUGGGCUGCGGGCCGGAAUUGGGAGGGCCCGUAUCGCGAGCUGGAGUUGGCUUAUGUGGCGAGAAUAUGCUUGACAUGGGAGACUUUAGGAUGGAGCUACAAGUACUUCCAGAGGCUUCGAGCUUCACGUCGGGAGUUUGAUUCGGGCUGCCCGGCCUAUGUUGCUCAGCAGUUUCAACAGUUUCAAGUUCUGCUGCAAAGGUAUGUUGAGACUGAGCCUUAUGAGCACGGGCCAAGGCCCGAGGUCUGUGCCCAGAUGAGGAGCAGGGCACCAAAACUGCUUCAGGUCCCAGAAUAUCGAGAUUUGGAUGACGACAGAAGAGAGGAAAGCCAAAUGGGCUCGAGAAUCCCUUCGAGAAAGGCUAAGGUGAAAGAGGUUUGUCAUUCGGGAAAGUGCUUUGGGGGAAGAAGGAAGCUGACUGAGGAGGCAGAGCUUGAAGUGGUUAUGGCACUUAUCGACCUCAAAGUGGUGUCGAGAGUGCUUAGAAUGGUGGAUUUGAGCCGUGAACAGUUACGGUGGUGUGAAAACAAGAUGAGUAGAAUUCGAGUCUCGGCUGGUAAACUGCACAGAGAUUCCUCUCCGCUUUUUUUCCCAGCUAGCUGA